GGGCAUCAUCACCUCUGUCCUAAUUUCCUGACGGACUACCUGCGCUCAUCGAGCCCUGAUUAUGAAUUGAUAAAGACUAUCAUUGACUAGAAGAUCUGUGUCAUCGCCUAGCAUGGUGAAAUCAAAGAAAAGAGGCCCUCCGUACGAAGACGACCCGGGUUGCAAGUUCAUCGUCAUCGAGGAUCCGUGGCCAGGAAAUGCGAUAGGCAAGGCUCGCACUCCGAGAUACUUCAACUACCUCGGCGCAUGGGUCUUCUACAUGUUGGACAAGAAGGUGGAUGCAGAGGCGAUCUACUCGGUGAACACCCGCACCGAGGUCAUCGUGAAACUCCCAGAAGACGUCGACAUCGCGCCUCUCCUCGGCGCGCACAAAUGGCGAGAGUUCCUCAAAGUCGAAAAUCCCGCCGACAAAAACCGCGUCUCCCACGUGUUUGAGUACAAUUACAGGAGCAAGGGGGACCCAGUUAACCAUCAGUGGCUCGAGAUCGUACCCCUUGGAGGAGAUCCACCUCCGCACGUUCAUUUCCCGGUAAAGUUACCGUACCCACGGGUACAUUGGGCUUCGCUAGCGGACAGGAGAUGUGCAGACUUGUCUCUUCCGCUGCCCAAGACUCGGCAACGCACGCCGCCAAGUGUAUUCAAGCCAUAUGAGCGACCUGCACAUUUGGAGAAUGCUCAAACUGCGCAGUUGGCAGAGGAGGAGUCAAGGAAUGCUGCAGAGCAUAGUCAUGAUAGUGAUGGCGACGAUGACGGCGACGAUAACGAAGAGGAGCGAGAGGUCGGGUCAGAGCAGGUGCACGAGAUGCCAGUGCAAGGCCGACUCAAACUUGGCAAACACGAUCCAUAUGAAGAAGAGGAUGCGGCAAUGAUGUUCGUCAAGCAGGAGCCGUCGGAAGACUCCAUUCCAUUUGCAGAAGAGCUCCGUGAUACCCGCGUGAAAAUGGAGGCGCCUGAAGUGACGGUGAAAAGAGAAAAAUCCCCCGUGCCAGCGGAAAAGCAGCCAUCGGCGGCAUUCAUAGCGAUGUUCGAAAGAUCGCAGCGCCUUGCCGCUGAAUCGCAGAGUGUCACGGUUGCUCCACAACCUCUGCUAACUCUGCCGGCGACGCGGCCUGUCCCUAUGACAGAGAUACCGCACAACACUCCGAUAUUGGAUGUACGCGUCAAACCGGAGCUUCAAGAACAUAGCCUCCCUCCCGAGGUGCUAUCUCGAGCCUCAACGUCAACGACAACGGAUCCCAGACCGCGUGGACAGUCCUCAGUACCGAGAAAAGAAUAUAUGCUCCCGGUGAAACCAGAGCCUCUGGAGCAUGCGCUACCUCCGCCUCCUUCCCGUAUGUUCCACGUUGUUCCCACAAAGUCUGUUUUUACACAUUACUUGUAUGCAGGGCCUCCAACUGGGAGCAGCAUACAGCAGAGAAAUCAAGUGCGGGGUGAACAAAUGUCGAGCUUGCCAUCGUUUAAGCGGAUUAAGAGAGAGGAAGAUGACACAGGACCCAAAAAGAGAAUCAAGCAAGGAUCUCAUUAUUAGCGGAGGCAGGAGCAUUUCGGACGUGGCCGUCGCGGCUUCUCA